AUGCCCGCGAAGAGAAAGGAUCCCAAUGCACCGGCUACUCUGCCUACUCGUCGCAGUGCGCGCAAUGUCGCGAAGGAGACGUCGUACAAUGAGAUCGACGAGGAGAAGCCCGUGAAGGCCAAGGCCGCUGCUCCUGCUAAGAAGGGGAAGGGAAAGAAGACUGCGGAGAAGGAGAAGGUUGAUGGUGACGCGACUGACGCGAAGGAGGAGGAGAAGGCAGCUGAGGAGGAAGAAGCCAAAGAGGCUGAUCCGGAAGAACCCGCGGCCAAGAAGUCGCGCACUGGCAUUGCCGUCGGCGACGCCCUCCCCGACCUCGUCUUGAAGGAUGAGGACGAGAACGAAGUCAAGAUCAACGAGUUGAAGAACGUGAUCAUCUUUGCCUACCCGAAGGCCUCAACACCUGGCUGCACAAAGCAAGGCUGCUCCUUCCGCGACAACUACCCCAAAAUCCAAAAAGCGGGUUACUCAGUCUACGGUCUCUCCCUCGACACACCCAAAUCCCAGAAAACAUUCAAAACGAAGCAAAACUUCCCUUAUCACCUCCUCUCUGACGCACCGAACGGUCAGUUCCUCGCUUGGCUUGGAGCGUUGAAGGUGGGAAAGAAGAUUACACGGUCGCAUUGGGUUGUUGAUGGGGAGGGCAAGAUUGAGGCGAUUGAGGCUGGGGUUGCGCCGUUGGAUAGUUCCAAGAAGGCGAUGAAGACGAUCAAGGCGGAGGAGGAGGAUGGUGAGGAGGCUAAGGAUGAAGAUGUGGGGGUGGCGAGUCCCAUCUUCCCCACGGAUCCCGAUAUUUCUUUCUCGAACCCCCCCACACCCCAUCUUCGCCUCAUGCGACGAUUUGCUACUUCGACAAUCACCAGAAUGACUUCAGCUUCCGCCCGUUGCACACUCGCCGAACUCCCCAAAUCACACAUCUUCACCUCUAACCUCCCAGCUGAUCCCGAGAUUCCCUCCCCACAGGCUUCCAAAGAAGCGCCGGCAGAGUUAUUGCGGAAUGCGAGGGCUGUGAAGGGUGCGAUAUUCACCUGGGUCAAACCCGACACCUCUGACGACUACGAAUUACUCGCCACAAGUCCAAAAGCCCUCCACGACAUCGGUCUAAAACAAACAGAGGCAGAGACGGAGGAGUUCGCACAAGUCAUGUCCGGGAAUCAAAUCUACGACGAGCACUACCCUUGGGCCCAAUGCUACGGCGGCUGGCAAUUCGGCUCCUGGGCCGGACAACUCGGUGAUGGCCGCGUAAUGUCACUGUUCGAAGCCACGAACCCGGAGACGAAGGAACGCUUCGAGGUCCAGCUCAAGGGAAGUGGUAAAACGCCCUAUUCAAGGUUUGCGGAUGGGAAUGCGGUUCUGAGGUCGAGUAUCAGGGAGUUUUUGAUUAGUGAGCAUUUGAAUGCUUUGGGGAUUCCGUCAACGAGGGCGUUGUCACUUGUUAACUUGCCGAGUAAGUUCGCGAGAAGGGAGAGGAUUGAGACGUGUGCUGUCUAUACACGUUUCGCGCCUUCGUGGUUGCGUAUCGGGUCUUUCGAUAUUCACCGUUGGCGUGGUGAUCGCGUCACGAUGAAGAAACUUGCUGACUAUUGUAUUGAGCACGUUUUCGGCGGACUGGAUAAGUUGCCGGGGAAGAGGGAGACUGAUACGGAGGAACCGAAUAGGUUUGAGAGGCUGUACAGGGAGAUCUGUGCUAGGAAUGCGAAGACGGUUGCGUACUGGCAAGCGUAUGGGUUCAUGAAUGGUGUGUUGAACACUGACAAUACCUCCAUUCUUGGGUUGAGUAUGGAUUUCGGGCCGUUUGCGUUCAUGGAUAACUUUGAUCCCUCGCACACGCCUAACCAUGAUGAUCAUGCGUUGCGUUACAGUUAUAGGAUGCAGCCUACUAUCAUCUGGUGGAACUUGACCCGUCUCGGCGAGGACCUGGGUGAGCUCUUCGGAGCGGGCGAACAUGUUGACGAGGAAAAGUACGCCAAGGGUCAAUGGAGCGAGGAGGAAAAGGAAGCAUUGAUUACCUGUGCUGAGGGCAUCAUCGAGCGUGCUGGAGAUGAGUACAAGGCUGUCUUCUUGGAGAAGUACAAGGAGUUGAUGGGUAAGAGGUUGGGACUGCAGACGAGUCAGGAGACUGAUUUCGAUCAGCUCUUCUCGAAUACUCUCGAUACCCUCGAGAAGUACGGGAUUGACUUCCAUCACUUCUUUUACAGGAUUUCUUCAGUGCCGGUGUUCUCGCUGUCCUCCGAUGACGAUUUUGUCCAGGCUGCGUCCAAGAUCCUUCCGCCUGAGGAGGACAAAUCUGUCCACUACGCAGGCCACACCCGCGAGGACGCCGUCAAGGGUCUCGUCGAAUUCCUACAAGCCUACAAGAAGCGUCUCGAAACGGAGGGAAGCACAGAUGAUGCCAGCCGUGAGAAACGCAUGAAGGAGGUCAACCCGAAAUUCACCCUCCGUAAUUGGGUCUUGCAGGAGGUCAUCGACAGGGUUAGCAAAGACGGUGAGCGUGAUAUUCUCCAGGAUGUCAUGACCAUGGCGUUGAACCCAUAUGACCCGGAGACGUGGGAGAGUUUGGAGAUUACGAAGGAGGAUCAGGAGAGGUAUUGCGGAACUGUACCGCGCUCGGAGCGGGGAUUGCAGUGCAGUUGCUCUAGUUAA